UCCUUCCCGGCUCUCUCUUCUUUGCUCUUAGCACCCCGCGCGUCGUGCGCUACGCGCAACGUGUGCGCGGUGCUUGGCGCUUAGCGGGUGGGACAAGGGAAGGACGCGACGCUCAGGCCUUCGCCGAGCGCAGCAUGCACACCUUCGCUGCCUCAUCGACGCAUCAGUGCGUCACGCUUUGCAGCUGUCGCAGCCGCCUCUCCGACCCGUCGCAUGCCGUUCGAAGCUCUCGUCUGUGCCUUUCUCACCUCCACACCACCACACGCCCGGCCAACAUGGACAUGAACGCCUAUCGCGAGGGACACCGCGACACCUCUCACGUCCGGUCCUUCUGCAAGACCGAGCCCUGCACGCGAUUCCACAUUCACUGGGCUCAUAUCAUCGAGACCGAGUCGCAGUACGAGUGCUGCUAUCACCUGCACGGUGUUCUUGACGGGCAGCAAGUGGUCAACGUCUUCACCGUGCGCUUCUUCAAGAACGCGAACCCGCAGCUGGAUCUUUCCGACAUCGAUGUUGUGGACGAGCUGUACAAGCUCUCGAACGCCGUCUUCGACCAGGGAAGGGAGUCUAUGAUGGCCGAAUUUUGGCCGAAGCUGAUGGCAGCUCAGAAGGAGGAACAACCGGAGAAGCGCUUGUUCACCAUUGAGCAUCCGGUCAGACUUGCGCCGGUCGUCGAGCCAGCAAAAGCCCAGGAAGAGCAAUGCUGCUCCGUCGUUGAGGCACGCGCUCAUCUAUAAGCUGCCGUCGGCACAAGGCGAAGCAAGCCAAUACACUCUCAGUUCGAGAGUCGACUUCUCUUUGCUCUCCUUUCCGCUCGUCCCUUCUCCUGCGCGCCGUCGCCUCCAGUAGUCGCCAUGCCUCCAUGUCUCCCGUACAUGGCGCCGGCUUCGCGUCUCGUCUCUCAAUAACCACUACUCUUCACUGUUCUGAUGCCUCGUGACACAUCGCUGCAAGGCCGACAGAGGCAGCACAAGAAGCGAGCACGGCGCUCGAUGCUGCUC